GGGAAAGUGAGAACUUGGAAGGAAAACUCUGGGGGGAAAAAAACGCCUGGGUGAAAAGGAACAGCGUGGACGUCUAAGCGGCGUAUGGAACGUCCUUGGGCGGAUUUCACCAUGAGGAGCGACCCUCUGAUUUUUACUUCCAACGGGGCUAUGGAGGAGUUGGUGUACGAGCUCCGGCUGUUCCUGGACCUGCUGGACAGGGAAUACCUCAGCGCCGGAAUCCGAGAGAAGAAAACGCACCUUUCCAACAUCCUCAACAGAGUCCUGUCGGAUAAAGAGCCGUUAUGUAAAGCAGAGAUCCACAACGGGCUCCCGGCGCCGCCUCAGAUGCCGCUGCCUGAAAUCCCUCAUCCCUGGCUGGCUCCGAAUAACGGCGCUCCUCCUCUCCCCAGCUCGUCUCUACCAGAAGGUUACUACGAAGAAGCCGUGCCGUUAAGUCCCGGGAAAGCUCCGGAAUACAUCACGUCAAACUACGACUCGGACGCCAUGAGCAGCUCGUACGAGUCGUACGACGAAGAAGAAGAGGACGACAAGGGUCAGAAGACGCGCCACCAGUGGCCCUCUGAAGAGGCGUCCAUGGAUUUGGUGAAGGACGCCCGGAUCUGUGCUUUUUUGCUACGCAAGAAACGCUUCGGACAGUGGUCCAAACUUCUUUGCGUCAUUAAAGAUAACAAACUUCUGUGCUACAAGUCGUCCAAAGACCACACGCCACAAAUGGAGCUCACCCUAUCCGGUUGCAGCGUCACCCACGUCCCCAAAGACGGCAAGAAGAAACGACAUGAGCUGAAGAUCGUCCAUCAGGGGGCGGAUGCCCUGGUGCUGGCUGUGCAGAGCAAGGAACAAGCUGACCAGUGGCUCAAGGUCAUGAGAGAGGUGUGCGAUAACGGCACUUUUGAAUUGGAUCGCUCCGGAUCCCCGGUCAACAAACCUGAACUUGAAAAGAAAUCCUCAUGUGACAGACCGAGCUCGGACGGCGAAGCCACACAUGAGAACGGACACUUUGAGAACAAGGACCACGGAAAAGGGAAGAAGAAUUCCAAGUCGGAGCAGGGUAAAACCGGGACGGUCGGUAAAGGCGCCGGGAAGAAGAUCACCAAAAUCAUCGGGCUGGGCAAGAAGAAGCCGUCUAUGGAUGAGCAGACUUCGUCAGCGGAGGAAGAUGUACCCACAUGCGGCUACUUGAACGUCCUGUCAAAUAACCGUUGGCGCGAACGCUGGUGCCGUCUGAAAGACAACCAGCUGCUGCUGCACAAGGACCAAGACGACCUGAAGAGCCACAUGGCUUCGCUGCCCCUCCGAGGCUGCGAGGUCAGCCCCGGCCUGGACCACAAACACCCGUUUGCCUUCCGCUUGCUGCGCAACGGUCAAGAAGUAGCUGUGCUGGAGGCAUCCUCCUCCGAAGCCAUGGGUCGCUGGCUGGGGGUCCUGCUAGCCGAGACUGGCUCCACCGCAGAUCCGGCCACCUUGCAUUACGACUACAUUGACGUGGAGACCACCGCCAACGUCAUUCAGUUGGCCAAACAAUCCCUCUGUUUUACCAGUAAGCGCGCCAUCUCUCCUAACCCGUACUUGGACAACCAGGGCGGUAGUUACGCCUGCCCCACUGGGACGGCUCUGCACUACCAUGACGUACCUAUCAAUGGAAUGCAACCCAGCAACGACGGAAAGGAUGACAACUCCUAUGAAAACGUGCCUUCGGCCAAGCCGACCGCCUCUACGAAUCUCUAUAAAACUCCUGUUUCUAAAGUUUCUUCUAAGUUCCUCACUGCUGAUGCUAAAAGCAAAGAUGCUACUCAGCUGAAGGGAAAGAAGGGAAGCGCAAGCAAUGGGUUGGCAUCCAAACAGAAGACAGAUGCAAAAAGUCAGCAAAAGAAGAACGGAGUCAGUUGCAUCAACGGGUCGGCUUCACUGAAACGCAACAACUCCGAUGCAGAGCAAUGUAAAUACGGGAAAAACCGCGUGGAGGCGGAUGCCAAGCGACUGCAGGCCAAAGAUGAUGAGCUGACCAAGAGGAAACUGGACAUUAGGAACCAUCUGUCUGCUCUGAAGAAGGAACGCAAGGACCUGCGCGCCGCGAUUGAGGCGGCUUCAGGCAAGCGAUCGCAGGCCUCCCUGUCGGAACGAUUGAAGAAGGUAGAGGAUGAGUGCAGACAGAAGGAAGAAGAGCGAGUCAAUCUGGAACUGGAGCUGACCGAAGUCAAAGGCAGCCUAAAGAAGGCUCUGAGCGGAGGGGUCACUCUUGGCCUCACAAUUCAACCAAAAUCCGCAUCCGCCCCUGUCCAGUCGCCGGCGGUCUUACGGCGCGUCCAGGGGUCUUCGCCCUUCUCCAGCUGCGACACCAGCGACACCGAGUCCUGCUCCCUGCCGGUCAACAGCGCCUCCCUUCUCCGCCGCCAGCAGGGCAUCCCCAAACCUUCCCCGGUCCGAGGACACGUCCUGAGGAAGGCCAAGGAAUGGGAACAGAAGAGUGGAACAUAAACCUCACGCUUGCUUCUUUCCUGUACAAGACAUUGGAUAUGUAUUUAUUUGAAACUGUCCUUACACUUUUUAAGCUAUUUACCUUCCUAGUCCCCCCCUAAAAAUACAACGAAAUGCUGGUUUUCAGACACUUUUCUACUGUUGAGCAUGCUGAGUUUACAUAACUGGAUCUUUUUGUCCUCGCUCCAAAGCCCUUCUCAACAGAUUCAAUUCAAAUCCAAUAUUUAUUUGUAAAUGUUUCAAGAAAAAUUAGCUUCCUUCUAUUUAUGUUGAUAUACAAGUAUUUAAAGUACAUGUGAUGAAAAAUAAGAUUUCCUGACAUAACGUAUUUCCACGCUGAAGUUGGACCCCGUUUAGGUCCAGACCUGAAUUUUGGGAUUCUACGGAGCCCCUAAAGGGACAUCAACAGAAAUAAAAUAAAUUUAAACCAUCUGGUGCGGACCAGAUAGUAAGUGGUGUGCACAAGAAGACUACUGGUUAUUGGUAAUCGUUUGGUUAUUGGUAAUGCAGUAGUAUCUUUAUAGUUGAGUCCAAGAUUGAAGUAAAGGUCAACUAAGUCCUGUGUUAACAAUUUUAGCAUGCCGCAAUUAUAAAACGGAACCUUCUGGUGCACAGCAAAUAGUUUCUGGUGCGCACCAGAUACUUUUCUCGUGCGCACCAGAUUAUUUUGUGUGUGCACCAGAUAGUUUCCAGUACGCACCACAUACUAUCUGGUUCGUGCCAGAUAGUUUCAAGUGCACACCACAUACUAUCUGGUGCGCACCAGAUACUUUUCUCGUGCGCACCAGAUUAUUUUGUGUGUGCACCAGAUAGUUUCCAGUACGCACCACAUACUAUCUGGUUCGCACCAGAUAGUUUCAAGUGCACACGACAUACUAUCCGGUGCGCACCAGAUACUUUUCUAGUGCGCACCAGAUUAUUUCUUGUGUGCACCAGAUAGUUUGUAGUGCGCACCAGAUGGUUUCCAGUGCACAGCACAUACUAUCUGGUGCGCACCAGAUACUUUCUAGUCUGCAUCAGAUUAUUUUUCGUGUGCACCAGAUAGUUUCUAGUGCACACGACAUACUAUCUGGUGUGCACCAGAUACUUUUCUAGUGCGCACCAGAUUAUUUCUAGUGCACACCAUAUACUAUUUGAUGCGCACCAGAUAGUUUUCUAGUGCGCGCCAGAUUAUUUUGCGUGUGCACCAGAUAAUUUUUAGUGCACACCACAUACUUUUCAGAUAGUUUCUAGUGCACAUCACAUAAUCUGGUGCGUACCCGAUACUUUUCUAGUGUGCACCAGAUAGUUUCUAGUGCGCACCAGAUACAUUUCUAGUGCGCAUCACAUUUGGCGUGUGCACCAGAUAGUUUCUAGUGCACACGGCAUACUAUCUGGUGCGCACCAGAUACUUUUCUAGUGCACACCAGAUUAUUUCUUGUGUGCACCAGAUAGUUUUCUAGUGUGCACCAGAUUAUUUCUCGUGUGCACUAGUUUCUAGUGCACACAAUGUACUAUCUGGUGCGCACCAGAUACUUUUCUACUGCGCACCGGAUUAUUUAUCGUGUGCACCAGAUUAUUUAUCGUGUGCACCAGAUAGUUUUGAGUGCACACCACAUACUAUCUGGUGUGCACCAAAUACUUUUGUGGUGCGCACCAGAUUAUUUAUAGUGCACACCACAUACUAGCUGGUGCGCACCAUGUACUUUUCUAGUGCGCGCCAGAUUAUUUUGCGUGUGCACCAAAUAGAUUUUACUGCGCACCUGAUACUUUUCAGUAUCAGUACUACUUUUUUAGUGCACAUCACAUAAUCUGGUGCGCACCAGAUACUUUUCUAGUGCGCACCAGAUAGUUUGUAGUGCGCACCAGAUACAUUUCUAGUGCGCAUGAGAUUAUUUCGCGUGUGCACCAGAUAGUUUCUAGUGCACACCACAUACUAUCUGGUGCGAACCAGAUACUUUUCUAGUGCGCAUCAGAUUAUUUCGCGUGUGCACCAGAUAGUUUCUUGUGCACACCACAUAUUAUCUGGUGCGCACCAAAUACAUUUCUACUGCGCACCAGAUUAUUUCUCGUGUGCACUAGAUAGUUUGUAGUGCACUUAACGUACUAUUUCAUGCGCACCAGAUACUUUUCUAGUGCGCACCAGAUUAUUUCUCGUGUGCACCAGAUUAUUUCUCGUGUGCACCAGAUAGUUUUGAGUGCACACCACAUAGUGUACACCAGAUUAUUUAUCGUGUGCACCAGAUAGUUUUGAGUGCACACCACAUACUAUCUGGUGUGCACCAGAUACUUUUCUAGUGUGCACCAGAUUAUUUCUCGUGUGCACCAGAUUAUUUCUCGUGUGCACCAGAUAGUUUUGAGUGCACACCACAUAGUGUACACCAGAUUAUUUAUCGUGUGCACCAGAUAGUUUUGAGUGCACACCACAUACUAUCUGGUGUGCACCAGAUACUUUUGUAGUGCGCACCAGAUUAUUUCUAGUGCACACCACAUACUAGCUGGUGUGCACCAGAUACUUUUCUAGUGCGCACCAGAUAGUUUCUAGUGCACACCACAUUAUAGUGCGCACCAGAUUAUUUCUCGUGUGCACUAGAUAGUUUCUAGUAUGCACCAGAUCGUUUCUAGUGCACACCACAUACUAUCUGGUGCGCACCAGAUUAUUUCUCGCGUGCACCACAUACUAUCUGGUGAACACCAAGUAGUUUGGUUUAGAUUUAUUUUAUUUCUGUCGAUGUCCCUUUAGGGGUUUUGUAGGGAUACUAUUGUGUCAAGAAAUUCUUCUCUUUCCAUGUUGAUACUGUUGCUUUAUUUGUAGCGCUUGUGGCUCUUUAUCACUCUUUACCAAAUAUUAAAACCACUCUGAAAAAUCAUUUGAGCUUUUAUGUAAAGUUUGGAGUUUUCCUACAUUACCUUUAUGCCUUGAGGAAAAAAAAACAAUAAAAAUAGAACAUUUGGGAGUCGUUUUGGUAGUAUUUCGAUAGGAAAAUUGUCCUUUUCAGAGUGGCUCUAAUACUUAAUUUGUAAAAUAACUGCGCAUGUUUAGUAAUUUUGCUAUUAGCAUGAUGGCAAUAAAUGUGAACCUGUUCAUUUGUUUGUUUGCACCUUAUAAAUGUUCGGCUUUAUUUCAUAACGGACAGUCGUCACCUUGACGACGGUUACAUGCUUUGUACAUAGACUGAGAGACCUUUUUGUGUGUUUAAGGAUUUAUACCAAUAAAUAUCUUCUCAAAA